UAGAAUAGAAACUUGCAUUGCUUUCUUCUUCCACUAGUGAAACCAACACACAAAACAAGAUUCAUCAGACAGUUUUUAAAAUGGUUGCGUAAAGAAGAAUAUGCAUCUUUGUUCUUUUUUUCACUGUUUCCUUUGAAAAAUUCAUCUGUUCACUCCAUUUAAGAAGAGAUACCCACAUAUAAAAACAUUAUUACUCAGCAGUCUUUUCCUUCUUUUAUUGUCUAUUAAGAAUGGGAAAGAAAGAGCAGAAUGUUUCGAAAGAGAAAGAAAGAGUUGAAGCUGUGCUAAACCUUCUCAGAAAGCAAGAACCUCUCACAGUUAAACAGGAGAAGUUCUGUAACUAUGCAUGUAUAGAGAGGUUUCUGAAAGCCAAAGGCGACAAUGUUAAGAAAGCUGCUAAGCAGCUGCGCAACUGUCUUUCCUGGAGAAACUCUUUAGCCAUUGAUCAUCUAAUUGCCGAUGAAUUCUCGGCUGAGGUAGCACAAGGGGCAGCUUAUGUUUCAGGACAUGAUGAUGAAUCAAGGCCUGUCCUGAUUUUCCGAAUCAAACAAGAUUAUCAGAAGUUUCACUCACAGAAACUGUUUACUCGGUUGCUAGUGUUUACACUGGAGGUGGCAAUUCAAACUAUGGUAAAAGGGGUUGAACAAUUUGUUAUUCUAUUUGAUGCAAGCCUUUUCAGGUCAGCAUCAACUUUUAUGAACAUACUGCUGCCUACACUGAAAAUUAUCAGCGAUUAUUAUCCAGGCCGCCUUCACAAAGCUUUUGUCAUUGAUCCUCCUCCUCUUUUCUCUUAUCUUUGGAAGGGAGUGAAAUCAUUUGUUGAGCUAGCACCACUUACAAUGGUAGUAUCAUCACUUGACUUUGAGGAAUCAUUGGAUUUCAAUUACUUCACUUCGUAUGAUCCAAAAUCAGCAUCCCAUACAUUCAACUCUCCUUCAUCAAUGUCAUCAACAGCCAAGAUUGGGUCAUGCUCCUCUUCAAGAUUUGCCUUCACAGUUUCCAAUAGCUUUGACUCCCUCAAACCAUGGUCUCUUACUUUAACUGACACGUCAUCUUCCAAAUUAGGCCCCACUAAUACCUUAUUGGGCCCCGCCAUCUCAUUUCUCAAUGCUCGAUCCUACUCCUUUGCAUCACCUGUUACUAGGACUCCACGUGGCAACAUCGGAGCCGUUAAAAAAGGAUUCUUCCCUUCCACACCUUUGCCAACAAAAAAACAAGAUUUAUUAGAUCCAAGCUUCAUCAACCAUCCAAGGGCUAUGAGGCCUUCAUUUUUUCAAUCACCAGCAAUGUUCUUCAAGAAAGAGGGACACGUAAGCAAGACAGAAAAGUCUCGAGAGUCAUUUGUACCGUUCUUGAAGUUUUAUCGUAGACCGUACGAUGAGAUGACUUACAGGUCAAAGAUGAGACCUCCAUUAGGUGGCCUAAUAUCUAUUGUCUCGCCACACAUUCAACGCCAUCAUAUUUCAGUCUCUCAGCGGUUUUGAUACAACUUAUACUACAUAAAAUAUAUUACUUAGAUGUUUAUUACCAUUACAUUACUGACUGUGAACUUUCCUCCCCAACUAAUAAUUGAUCAAUUAUUUCU